AUGCCUAUGGUUGUAAAAAGGCUGUGCAGUGGCCACCAGCCUGUCCAGACGACAGAAAGUUGUACCAGGCCAUGGCUUCUGGCAGCUCAAGCAGCCUCGCUUCGGAUAACUUGGCAAAAUUCCUCCGCCUCUUUGGAAGAAAAACUAUUUGAAUCACUGCUAGAUGCAAAUGCCCUGUGCCCGACUUACAGAAAUGGAAACGGCCCCCUUCUAGUGAAUAUCAAUGUGAGGAUGUCCAAUGUGCUAAAUGUGGACAUCUUGAAAUACACCAUCACAUCUGUUCUGGUCUUGAAUCAGUCAUGGUAUAAUGAAAGACUGGUCUGGGAUGAGGUGGAAUUUCCCUUCAGCACCAUCACUGUGCCUUGGAGUUCAGUCUGGACACCAUCCUAUAUAAUUGAAGAAGCGUUUGAUGUAACAUGGAGGGUGGAAUCACCUAAUGUAGUACUUCACAGUGAUGGGAAAACAGAAUUUCAACUUGCUCUUCGCAUUGACAGCAACUGCAACUUUGACCUCUUCUAUUAUCCACUAGAUAGCAGCCAGUGCUUUUUGAGUUUCUUCUCACUGGCCAACAAAGUCAGUGAUAUGGAAUUCAAGGUCUCAAUCAGAAAUGAAAUUCUGAAUUUAAAGCGUGAAUAUCUCGUCGCAAGUGCGAACAUUACAAGCCAAAGGAAUAUGCCACAGCCUUAUUUUGUGGUCAUGAUAAAUCUAAAAAACACAGGAAUACGAGCCAUCCUUUCCUUGGUAGUGCCAAGCAUUGCAGUUGUGGUAGCGGAUCUCUGUGGCUUCUUUAUCCCUCUCCAAGACAGAUUGUCAUACAUGGUCACUUUGCUUCUGGCAUAUCUAGUCUUCUACUCCUCUUUCAUUGAUUCCCUACCAGGAUCAUCUUCCUGCAAUCCUCUGCUCAGUUAUUACUACACUGGCCUUCUGAUAUUACUAUUCCUCAGCACUAUUGAAACUAUCUUGGUGCUGAAGCUGGUAACUGAUAAUGCAAACCUUGGUCUGAAUUAUGGAUUUAAAACAAAAAAGAAGGCAACUUCUACAGUAUCAAAUGACCAAAGUUAUCAAUCAGAAGAUGCAAAGGAUCCUAAGACAAAAGGGCUCUGGUAUCUAUGGAAAUGUGCACCUGAGAAACCUCCUGGAGAAAAUCAUCUAGAUGGAAUCAAGUGGACCCAAGGAGAAUAA